AUGGCUCGUUCGAAUGUUCGUCCUAGAGCGCCCUUGCUCACUGUUCUGAGGGCUAGAGUGAGACAGCCCCAAUUCUACUGGUUUUUGGGCCAUUUUUUGACGUUGUACCAUUUUAUAAGGUUCCAUUUGGCAGUUUAUUCGUUUGCCUCUCAGAGAUACCAUUAUACGCGGAUUCUAUUAUAUAUCUCUGCGACUUAUGCCAUUGUACUAUAUCAGUUUUACAAGAGCGGGCAGUUGCAGUUGGGCCAAUUGAGACCGCAACUGCGCCGGUUGGAUAAUUUACAAUAUUUCUGCAUGUUGGCAGUGCUGUACCUGUGCUCUUUGAGUGGUUCGAUGGUCAGUGGAGCUCUGUACUCUCCAGUGAUAUUCUCCUUCUUUCACUGUUUAAACUACUUUAAGGAGAAUUUGCUGCCCUUUUUACCGGUUACACCGCUGGUGAGGGCUGUGGUUAACAACAAGAUCGCACGAUUCAUCGGAAACUAUAACGAGAGGUUUUUGCAGAUGGCCCAGGUCUUUGAGAUCAUGUGCGGCUGCCGCUCCGGGCUUCUGGGGCUUCCGGUGUCGUUAUUCCGUGUACUUGUGCGCUUCAGCGCUCAGAAUGCAGCUAGUGUGAUAGCGAUGUUGACAUACGUGUGGUUCUUCAAGCUGCGGUACUUGCAAAGUGAAUCAAUGAGACUAAUCGUAGGUCAGUACGUUGCACGUAUUGACUUGUACGUCAACACCAGGCUCUCGCCACAAGUUGCAUCGAUCUGGCACGCUUAUAAACAGUUGGCCACGGCAUUUUUCCAAGGUCUCCCAAUAUGA